UUCGGAGAGAUGAGCGGCAGCGGAAGCGAUGAGGCCGAAGCGAUCGCGAGAGCGUCGGCGGCCGCCGAAGAGCUCUACCACCUCCGCGACACCUAUUUCCCUCGAGACUCGGAGGAGAAGACCUCCAAGCUUCGUACCCUGGCCGACACGGCGCUCGCCCUCCUCGAUUCCCUUCCCCUAGAGCAGAGGAAGUCACCAUUACAACGUGCAAAUUAUGAAUACUUGAGGGGAAAAAUGCUAGACGUAUUUCCUGACUAUAUAAAAGAAGCAGAAGAUCAUUUAUCAAAAGCUGUUAAGUUGAAUCCAUCUCUUGCAGAUGCUUGGUUAUGCUUGGGCAAUUGCAUUUGGAAGAAAGGAGAUCUGCCCUCAGCAAAAAACUGCUUUUCUUUAGCAUUAAGCAAGGGCCCUAACAAGAAAAUUCUUUGUCAGCUAUCAAUGCUUGAAAGAAGUUUGGCUCAAGGCGCAGAAAAUAAAGCAGCCUCUAUUGAAGAAAGCAUUAAACAUGCAAGAGAAGCUGUAAUGUUGGAUAUCAAGGAUGGAAAUUCGUGGUACAAUCUUGGAAAUGCAUGUCUAACGAGUUUUUUUGUGACUGGAGCAUGGGACCAUGCAAAACUACAGCAAUCACUGAAAGCUUAUCAAAAUGCUGAGAAGGAUGAACUAAUGCACUCUAAUCCAGACCUUUACUUCAAUUGUGCUUCUGCAAACAAGUAUCUAGAAAACUAUGAAAGGGCCCUUCAUGGUUUUGAAGCUGCUGCCUCGAAGGAUCCUGGCCUAAAUGCUGAUGAUGAAGCUCAAAAGAUCACUAGUCUUCUGGACAAGAUAGAGAGUUCACUAAGGGGGUUGUCAAGGUCUAAACGAUUAGCAUCACUUGUAUCAUCCUUAGGUGAAGUUAUUUUGAAAUCAUCACAUGGCAAAGCUACUGUUAAUGUCCUGAAGGAAGGGCUCAACAAAGCAGUUGCAAUAAUUGGAAAAGUACUCCUCUUCAUAAAACAUGAGAACGUUGCUCCGCUGUAUUAUCUAAUAUGUGAUUCAGAUCAAACUUGUUUUGUCCUGUCAGUAUAUGGACUUCAUAGUGAUGCUAUUAAAGAAGGAGAUCGAGUAAUAUUGAUGGAACCACAUUACCGAGUAAUUGAUUUUUCAUGGAAAGGCACGCAUUAUCAUUUCCAAUCUAUCCGUGUCGAUUUCGUGGAGCAACUUCUUGUUAAUGAAAAAGUACCAGCUCCCCAUCAUCUCGUGCGGGCCUGCAUUCAUGCACAGCACAAAGCUUGAGGACUCAGACCUGCAUCGAAAUUUUGUCGCAUAGUAUGUAUUCACUAUGGUUCUUGAUAUUUGUCAAAACUUGCUGCAUAUGAAUGGAGGAGUUCAGCUUGGUUUCAUGUAAGUGAGCAAUAUCUUCCUGAUGUCUACUCCAUAUGCGUCAUCUUUGAAAUCACUUUUUGUGCUUUUGUUUCAGUUGUAAUAUAGACUCCACUAAUUUUGUGGAGAAUUGGUUGGACACUUAACAAUAUUGGAAGUUGAGUGUUAUUAAGAUUGUGUACCAUAUGAUACGUUGUGAUAUAAUUAAUUCAAGGGAGAGUUUGAGGCAGCUACUGCCACCCUUGAAAGGUAAUCUAUCA